AUGUCGAAGAGCAGAACGCCACUUUACUUGGGUCUCGCUGCUGCCGGUGCAGGCGGGUACUACCUCUACCGCGGCGGCGAUGUCAAGGGCGCCAAGCAGGAAAUGAAAAUUGAUGCCGACAAGGCGCGCGAGAAGCUUCCCCAUGGCGAGAGCGCGCAGCGAGCGGGCCAAAAUGCCGGAAAGGAGGCCGGCGCCGUCGUUGACGAAGCGAUCAAUAACGCCCGCUCCAAGUUCAAGCUGGACGAAGUCAUCCCCGAAAUCAGAGAUGAGGCACAGACCAAGUAUGAGGAGGGCAAGAACAAGCUUGAUGGGCUUCGUGGGGACGCGAAGAGCAAGAUCAAUGCUGAGAUUGAUCGAGUCGAUCGCACUGUUGAGCAGAAGGCGGCUGAGGCUAAGGGGUGGUUUGGAAGCAAGAAAUAG